UUUGUGGUUCGCUUCAAAUUGUAGAAUUAAAAUAGUUAAGAAAAGUAUGACCUCUUCCGCAGUGGGCAGCGCUGGAGAACGAUCUGAAAAUGCUGCAGCGAGAAAACGACAAAAUCGACAAGCCGUGCUGGCGAUGCUGAAGAAAACGGAUAUCAAAAAUAAGGGUCUGAAGCGCUUUUUCUUUUUCACCUACGAGUCGCUAGAGCCGGCCGCUAUAAAACAGGAAAAUGUACGCAAAACCUACUACAUCAACGGUGAAAUGUGUGAAGGAGAUGAGAACUACCUGCGCCACAUGAAGAAAAGCUUGUUCGUGAGUAAUCUUCCUGGAGGGACGAAGAAGUCGGAAAUUUUCCAGCUCUUCCAACCGUACGGCACCGUGCUAGCUAUUACGCUGCGUACCCGAUCCGGGCGUACCAUCAUCGGCAGUAGCCACCAGCAGUCGCUACAGAACCCGUACGAUCCCGCUGGUCCUUGCUGCUGUUGUACGAUCGAGUUCGAUUCGGCCGAAAGCGCAGAAAACGCUUGCGAUGUCAAACCGGGCAACAGUGAAUACAUUGCCAAACCACUGAUCGAUCCCGCACGAUAUGGAACCGAACACUGCGUGUUUGUGGAGAAUAUUCCACCGAGCCGGACGCGUCAAGAUGUGUGGCAACACUUCAAAUCGUUCGGUCCAAUCCGUUCACUGCGGAUGGAGCUUCCGGAUGGGACGUUGCUGCUGAGUGACGCCGAGUACGGUCAGCUAUCGUCGGUCAACUGUCACGUACGAUUCCGCAGACGAGCGGAAGCCCUGGCCGUGACGAAAGCGCUCAAUCGUAGCUCGUUCAAGGAUCGCCCCAUUUCCGUCCAGAUGGCGUACCAGAAGUACUGCAAUCCCGAAGAGCUUUCGAACAAUGCACUGCGAAUUUUCUUCCAACCGUUCGGGGACGUUGUGGCUCUUGAUCAGAUUCCGCAUCAGCGGGCAGGCUACGUGUGUUUUAAACCGCCGCUCCCGGUGGAUAUCAUCAAGCGCAUCGGUCAGCAAGUGUUCCGACAGCGGCGCAUUUUGUGUGAAAAGCUAGACAUUCCAGGUGCAACCAAGGAUGGUAAGCUGAUCAAAAGCGGCAGUACCGGAAGCAAUGGCAAAAACAGAGCUUCAGCUACAACAGCAUCAGCAACAGCAGGGGGAGCAAGUGGUGGAUCAUCAACCAGUCGUGGCGGUUCUGGCAAUAGUAAAGCAUCGGUUGCCAAGAUUGCACGUAAAAUACCGCGAAAACCUCUACCGGUUGUAGGGCGGAAGCAGGUAGGCAAACCCAAACCAACACUGGCGGACACGACAAAAGGAGGUGACACAUCAAAGACCACAGCUCGGACGUCGGAAGGAGCGAAAGAGAACCGUGCUGCUCAUCAAACGCCCUAGGAAAAUGGAUAGUCAGCGAAGGACAUAUACUUUUCGCAAUCGCUCCUCAGCUUAUUUUAAUGUAGAAUAUAUUAAACAUAUUUUAUAAAAAGUACUGCCCCUUAAAGACGUACGCAACUCUGAGCGUGAAU